UCCUCUGUCCAGAGGAAGAAGUGACAUCAGACCGGAAGCUGGAUCAACAUGGCGGCCGUGAUGAGGCUCGUAAACAGAAGUAUUCUAAGUUCUGCAAUGGGUCAGAAGUAUGUGGCGUACAGCUCAUCAGCAAAGGUCACUGCAGCUGGCGUAAGAGCAGGCCAAGCUCUUCCAGAGAAGGUGAAAAUAGUGGAGGUGGGACCCAGAGAUGGUCUUCAGAAUGAAAAGACUAUGGUGUCAACAGAAACAAAAAUUCACUUGAUUGACAUGUUGUCAGCGACAGGGCUACCAGUCAUUGAGGCCACCAGCUUUGUCUCUCCAAAAUGGGUUCCACAGAUGGCAGACCAGGUGGAGGUGAUGAAGGGGAUUGGUAGGAAACCGGGGGUGUCUUACCCCGUCCUAACCCCCAACCUCAAGGGUUUCCAGGCUGCUUUGAAGGCUGGAGCUUCAGAGGUAGCCAUAUUUGGUGCUGCAUCUGAGCUCUUCAGUAAGAAGAACAUAAACUGCUCAGUGGACGAGAGUUUACAGCGCUUUGACGAGGUUAUGAAAGCAGCCAAAGAAGCCGGUGUACCAGUUAGAGGCUACGUGUCAUGUGUUCUUGGAUGUCCGUAUGAAGGCAAGGUGGCACCUGAAAAAGUUGCACAUGUAGCUAAGCGUCUGUACUCCAUGGGCUGCUAUGAGAUCUCUCUGGGUGACACUACAGGAGUGGGGACUCCUGGGAGCAUGAGUGAAAUGCUGGAGGCUGUAAGCAAAGAGGUGCCAGUUAAUGCCUUGGCAGUGCACUGCCACGAUACCUACGGCCAGGCCCUGGCUAACAUCCUCGUAGCCUUACAGAUGGGAAUCAGUGUGGUGGACGCAUCAGUAGCAGGACUGGGAGGCUGUCCCUAUGCCAAGGGGGCUUCUGGGAAUGUUGCUACUGAAGAUGUAGUCUACAUGCUCCAUGGACUUGGGAUUCAAACAGGAGUGGAUCUCUCAAAGCUGAUGGAUGCCGGAGCCUAUAUCUGCCGAACCCUCAACAGGAAGACCAGCUCCAAAGUAGCGCUGGCCACCUGCAAGCUGUAGACAAAAGUGAAAACACAGACUGUACUCUGCAGCACAACCAUGUAACCUGCUUAUUCUCUCCUUAGUUUGAUUCAUUCUCCCCAAGUACGAGUUAUUUUAGUUUUAGAAUACCCAAUUAAACUAAAUGAUGGCAUAACUGGAACAGUGCCUUAUGUACAGUCAGUCUAAUCACAGACCCACCUUAUCAAAAGCCAUGCCUUCACCUGUUUCUUGAAGAGUGUGUUUAAAUUCUUCUCUGGCCAGUGGGGAAAUCAAAGUGAAACAGACUUAAUUUCUGAUAAUGAAUGAACCAGUGGGAUGCUUUCCCAGGUAUCGAUGAAAACACUGUUGAUGUCACAAAAUAUCUUUUUUUUUUAUCAUACUCUAAAUGCAGUUAUUUCUGUCUUCAAAGGAAUUCUUAAUAUAGUCUAUGAAAAAUCUCAGUUCUAAUGAAUGUGGGCAUUGUACUGGUUUGUGGGACAAAUGUUUAUGUGCUGUGUAUUUAUUUUAUUUUCAAAUUCAACCUGUAAAUUGUAAAUGUAAAAAUAAAUUUAUUUCAUACAUGAAA